AUGGCCGGAGGUGUAACAGGAGAGAGCGAACAAACCUUCCUCUCCGUUGAUUCCCCUCUCUCCAGUUUCGGGAACGUUGUCCUUGUGGCUGCCGCCACCGCUGUGUCUGGGGCCGCUGCCAUCUCCGCUGUGGGGAUCCUCGGCGCGGAGCUCCGUUUAUUUGUGUUCGGCGGUCCUGGAGACGGCCGUUGUUCCUGUCCUUGCUCUGGCGGGAGUCGUGGCGCUGAUUUCCCGGGCCGCUUCGGCGUAGGAGGAGCGGCCGUAAGACUGCUGACGGCGGGGAUAAAGGGAAGGCUGUCUGUUCCGAGGACAUCAGCAGCAGCUUCCUCCUCUUCCUCGUAUUCAUCCUCGCUGCCGUCGGCCAUGUCGUCUAGGGUCCUGAUGCGUCAGGAUCUGAUGCGUCAGCAGGCUCUGGAGGAGGAGCAGAAGGAGGCGCAGCAGCAGCUCCUCCGCCCCGCUGAUUCGUCCUCCCCCAUCUCCGUCUCCGUGUCCUCCGCCUGCACGCCUCCCGCUCAGGUCCCCGUGGAGGUGCUCAAGGUGCAGACUCACCUGGAGAACCCCACCAGGUAUCACAUCCAGCAGGCUCAGAGGCAGCAGGUGCGUCAGUAUCUCUCCACGGCCAAGACAGCCAAUCAGGAGCCGGCGCCCAAACUGCAGCCGGCACACAUCAGCCGCAAAAAACAGAUGGAAGACAUGGUUAUCGAUGACAUCAUCAGCCUGGAGUCGGGCCUGAGUGACGAAUUUCUGACGCUGAUCGACUCUGGACUGCAGCUCGCCAACACGUUGCCGGUGUCGGGGAACAUGCUGGACGUGUACGGCGGCGGCGGUGGCGGGGGGAUGGCCACGCCCACUAUCACCGUUAGCAACAGUUGCCCGGCCGACCUGCAUGCCGUGAAAAGGGAGAUCAACGAGGUGGAGACCAAAGCGAUGAUGAAAGAGAGACAAAAGAAAGACAACCACAACCUCAUCGAGAGGAGGCGGAGGUUCAACAUCAACGAUCGGAUCAAAGAACUCGGAGCUCUCAUCCCCAAAUCCUCCGACCCGGAAUCGAGAUGGAACAAAGGAACCAUCCUGAAGGCGUCGGUGGAUUACAUCCGUAAGCUGCAGAAGGAACAGCAGCGAGCCCGAGAGAUGGAGGAGAGACAGAGGAGGCUGGAGAACACCAACCACUCCCUGAUGCUCCGCAUACAGGAGUUGGAGCGUCAGACUCGCCUCCACAGCCUCAACUCUUCCUCCUCCUCCUCCUCCUCCCUGGACCCCCAAGCGAUGCUCUCCCCCUCCCUGCCUCACCUCUUCUCCUCCCCCUCCCCCCACUCCGCCCCCUCGCUGGCGACCCCGUCCCUGGGUCUGGACGCCCUGAGCUUCGUUGAUCUGGACGAGCCUCGGGCGGCCUCUCCCGUCUUCUCCCCGGACCUGAUGUCGGACGUGGGGCUGACGGAGUUCCGCGGCCUGGCAGACAUACUGAUGGAGGAAGGGGGAGGGGGGGCGAUGUCCGACCCCCUGCUGUCCUGCGGAGCCUCGAAGACCAGCAGCCGGAGGAGCAGCUUCAGCAUGGACGAGGACCUGUGACGCACACGCCAGGCUUCCUCAUUGGCCAGAGGCAGGACGCCGUCCUGUGACAUCAUCCAAACAAACAACGCACAUAGGUGAUGUCACGGGGAGCAACUGUGGGCUGAAUCUCACUUCCAUUUGAAUUGCAUCCACGUUUCCCCCACUUGCUUCCCUUCCUCGCAUCUCAGUCCGUCCCACCGAGGAGGCACGGGAGGGACGUGAGGAAAUCACACGAGGAGAGAGGGAAUGAGGAAAUGUGUUUUUAGAGGGAUGAGACGUCCUUUCCUCUGAAGCGUUGCGUGAAUUCGUCAGCUGUUUGGGCAGAGUUAGCACCUGCUUCAUCUGCACGGCUUCCAGGAAGGCUGCUCUCUGUAUCCUCGCUCAUAGCUCCUCAGAGAUCCCUCCUCCAUCCUCGUUCAUAGCUCCUCAGAGAUCCCUCCUCCAUCCUCGUUCAUAGCUCCUCAGAGAUCCCUCCUUCAUCCUCGUUCAUAGCUCCUCAGAGAUCCCUCCUCCAUCCUCGCUCAUAGUUCCUCAGAGAUCCCUCCUCCAUCCUCGCUCAUAGUUCCUCAGAGAUCCCUCCUCCAUCCCCCAUCUUCGGGGCAGGAAUAAGAGCUUUGAUACAGCCUUCAACGAAGGAAAGCCAGAACAACUUUCUGUUCAACCGAGGAGCGAGGAGAUAUCAAAUAAGAGAAGUGAGAUUCAGCCUGUGUCCUCCAGAGACUGAGCAGGCCAGAAGCCGAUUGGCAAUAGU